AUGCUCAUCGUUGCCGGGUCCGUGAGCAAGUAUGUGGUCUGUGUGUAUGGUAAUCUAGCAUGUCUUGUCUCGGGUCUUUUCCAUACAUACGCGGUCUUACAGGCUGCUAUUGUCAGAUACAAGGCUUAUUUAGCCCGCGUGGCUCGGCCGAAAAUUGUCGCCUUCUGUCCCGCCUGCUCCUGUACGUCGAAUUAUCAUAUCAUGGAUGGAGAUCAGGAGACGGGUGUGGCUGUUCUUACGAUGUCGCCAGAACUCAUCGAUACCGAGAGUGAUCCUCUCAUGGGCGGUGGUCGUGCUCCGUUCCGAGCUUCCGAGGAUACUGCGGUCAGUCUUGGGAGUGAGGUUACUGUAGAGACAUUUGAUGGGUCUUUGGCAGAAGUCCAGACGAAGUGA